UCUACUUAUCUUAUAUCAAAUUCCACAGUAGGUUUUGCAGCGUAUAUCUAUCUGUAGCUAAUAAUAAAAAUAGUCAUCCAUAAUAAAUAAUAAUUAAUGACCAUUGACCGCUUAUACAAGUUAGUAGUUACUAGUUAGUAUACCCAGUUACGGCGCUCGUGGUUGGAUUUUUUUUCUUUGAUUUCUUCCACUGCGGCACCGUGGCUUCAUGACAAAAUAAUAUUUUGUCAUUAAAUUGUUAUAAUAUUGUGAUUUUUGGGAGCAAUGGAACAUGGGCAUUGGAGCGUUACUUACUCAACGCCCGCGUACUAUAGUACCUACUAUUAGCCGUUAAACCACCGAGCGGACUACAAAUCAAAAAUGGUCUCGGAUUAAUUAUAUUAAUUAAUAUUCUGUGUUAAUAUCAAUUGAUUAAUGGAACGCCUGAACGGAAAACAAAUCUUUGCGAGUGCUAAUUUUUUUGAUUUUUUUCUUGUGUUCUUUCAAACAGACGGUUAGUUGAUUCAAGAUCGCUUCCGGUGUAAAUCACCAUACAUAGGAAUUGGCGGUAUUGUUUCAUUUCCUUACGAUCCAAACGACUGCGAAAUAUGGAUUAUAACAGCAUUGAUGAAGACGAUGUUGACAAUUUAAGGCUAGCUGCUCUUAUGACAUUAAAAAAUAAAUCAUAUUUACCAAUAAAUACAGGAAGUAGUAAAUCAGCAAAAUGUUUGCCUCAUAAUAUGUUUGCAUAUAGUUCCGAGGGUAGUUCCUAUAAUAAUCCUGUAAGAAACAAUGGAGGAUGGUUUCCUUUAUCAAAUAAACCAUCCAGUAAACAUUCAUUAAGACAUGUAAAUUUAAAAAAAUCAGUUUAUCCCAAUAGAAAUUUGAUUGCUAUUGUACCAUCUGAUAUUGAAUGUGAUUUUAACUCUGAUUUAACUAAUUCUACCCUUGUGCUUGAUUCUGAUGAUAAAAAGUCACCGAAUACUCAUGAUUCGAGUAAUGAAGUUUCCACUAAAUUCAGCAGAUUAGAACAUGAAUCUGAUUCUGAAGAAAGUGAAGAUAGUGAACCAGAAAUAAAUGAAAGAGAAGAAUCAGAUGAUUGUGAUAUCUUGUCAUUGGGAGAAAAAGAUCAAGAUUUAGAUGACCUUGACAAAUUAAUGGAUAUUAUAGAGGCUGAAAUUGCUGAUGGUGUGAGUGAAGAUGUCAAAGAAACUUCAAAUUUAAAAAUGAACAAUGAUUAUGUAGUAAAAAAUGCAACUGAAUUGAAUGCUAACAUAGAUCCUAACAGAAAUGUACUUACUGCAUUAAAUCAACCCAAGAUCAUUGAAGUUUCUAAAUCACAGUUAAAUUCACCUAAAGAAAAACUUGAAUCUGAAAUUACUUUUGAAACAAACACAAACUCUUCAUCUCAGUGUACUGUAUUGAAAUCAUGUGUUGUUUUGAAAUCUCCAACACCGUUUAAUACAAAGAGAUCAAUCUCUCCUUAUACUAAAUAUUUAAAUAAAUGUUCUACUACAGUUGAUCAUUCAAGACUUCAACAUAGAUCUUUAUCUCCCAGAAGGUUAUCACCAAUAAGAGAAAAAGUUCUUUCUCCAAUACAAUGUUCUCCUCCAGAAUCUCUGAAUACUUCAACAUCUACAAAAAAAACAUUUAGUUUUUUAUCAAAAGUAAUAUUGCCUAAUGAUAGAAAACAUCCUCCAUUUAGUAGAAAAAAUUCCCUCAAAAGAAAAUCAAGAUCACCAGAUAAGAGCUCUGCUAAUAACAAAUCAAAUAGCCCAAUAAAAAAACUGAUGAAACCAAGGCAAAUAAUAUCUCCUACUAUUCAAUGUGCUAAUAAUAAUGAUUACUUACCGAAAACAGUUCAACUAAAACCUGUUGACAAAGAAGUGAAAAUUAGAACAUUUGAUCCUCUUUUAGAACAGGUGCUAGAUGUUAAAAAAUUAUCCAUACAAUAUACUGAUUCUGUUGAUCUCAGAACAGAACUAAAACGACGGAGAGCUCUUCGACUGAAUAAAAAUAAAUUGGAUGCAAAGAAGAAAUCAGAAUCCUUUUAUCCUACUCGAUUAUUACAGUCUGCAAUUAGAGAUGUUGUUGAUUCAAGUACUAAUGGAGUGAAAAGAAAAAAUUAUCCUAACAAACCAGAAAUAAGAGUACAAACUGAGGGUAAUUCAAAUGGCCGAAGAGUCAUCUUACUUUCAGGAAAUCAACAUAAUCAUAAUGAUGAAGUAGAAAAUUAUUCAAGUGCAAAGAGACUAAAAGCAAAUUACAAGAAAGUUCCACUUCAUCUCAGGGUUACAGGUGUUUCUAAUAAUAAUAUGAAACAAAUAGGAUUAAAGAAGAUCAUUAGGCAAAACAUUAAUGUUACAGAUAUAGAUCAGAUGUAAAUAUUCACAACCAUAUUCUUCAGCAAAACAGAAGUGGCAGCAUUUUAUAACUUUGGCCAUAAAGUAUAUUAUGUUAUUUUGAAAUUUUCUACUUCGAUGACUGUCAACUGUGUCUACUUAAAAUGUUUUGAUGCUAUGCAUUUUUGUGUAUUUUAUGACAUCAAGAACAAACUUAGCUACACUAACCUAUAUCCUUAAUAUAUUUGUUAUUAAAUCUGUAAUUUCCCAUUUAUUAUUUUUGAAAUUAAGUUCACCAAUUGUAUUCUCAUCCUUAAUUUCCUGUUGGUUAACUUCUAAAGGUAAUUUAAUUUAAAAGAAAAAGUUAUCAUUUAAUUACAUUUAACAUACAUUAUUUAGGUGCCUAUUGUUUUCUGAUUUGUACAAAAAAAAAAACUAAUAAGACUGUUCAUGUAUCAAUUAGAUUAAUUUUGAUUUAAAAACUAAAUUUGUAAGUUGUUGUAAGUUAAGUAACUUCUUUAAUGGCUAUUGAUUGUUAUUUUUUUUUUACUUGUUGCAGAACAAUAACAACUUGUU